CUUCAAGAGAAAAAUGAUUAAAUCCAAAUACUGAAAAUCCUUCAUCUUGUCUCUAUUUUAUCUUCUUCUAUUUCAAUCAGAUCAUCAGUGGUUUAAAUCCUAAAACUAUCUGUGUUGAUGUUGUGUCUCUGCUUGUCUUCAGUGUGCUGAGAGCAGAGAAAUCAUUUCCAUAGAGACGAGGCUUUGCAUGGUCAGCUGAUCCUCCAGGGAACUGAGAAGGUUUAUAGUCCUGUGAGUUCAACACUGCAGGACUCAGAUCUGUCAGUCAACCCAGCAGAACCAACAAGCACCAUGACUCUCAUCACCAUCCUGAUCUGGACGCUGCUGACCUGCUGCUGUUUUACAGGAUGCAGCGCUCAGGUGACUGUGACUCAGCUUCCACUGAUGACAUUUACACCAGGAUCCACUGUCAACAUCAAGUGUACAACAAGUCCUGCUGUUGGAACAUGUUCUGGCAGUCCUUGUAUGUCCUGGUAUCAGCAGAAACCAGGACAGCCUCCAAAGCUCCUGAUAUAUCAGGUGAAUAAUCUUGAGUCAGGAACACCAGAUCGGUUUAGUGGCAGUGGAAGCAGCUCUGUCUUCACUUUGACCAUCACUGGAGUUCAGGCUGAAGAUGCAGCAGUUUAUUACUGUCAGAGUGUCCACAGUGGCCCAGUGUGGACUUUUGGUGGAGGAACCAAACUCAUCGUUCACUCCGGCCCCAAGGUCAGACCCUCAGUCUCUCUGCUGCCCCCCUCCUCUGAGCAGCUCUCUGGGGGCUCGGCCACGCUGGUCUGCCUGCUGAGUGGCUACUCUCCUCAGGGAGCCGUUGUGAGCUGGGAGGUGGACGGUACCGAGGUGACAGAAGGGGUCCUGACCAGCUCAGAGGAGGAGAAGAGCAGACGUUACAGCAGCAGCAGCACCUUAAGCAUGAGUGAGGAGAACUGGAUGAAAGGAGAGCUGUACUCCUGCAGGGUCCUCCAUCAUGACCACAGCGAGACCCAGACCAUCCAAAGGAGCCACUGUGAGGGACAGAGAGGCUGAUCGAAGCCCUGGACAGGAGCUCUUAGUGGAGAGCAGGAGGAAAACACCUGCUGCUCUCAUCAAUAUGAGUUUGAAUGUCAGGAAGAGAAACUAAAGCUUUGUGUGACGCUGAACAACACUGCUGCAAAAUUUUCAUGAAUAACUUCAACUCAUGUGUGGAGCUCAGCAGCUGGAUGUGAGUGAGAUUAAUCUGCUGUGUGCUCUAAUAAAGCUUGCUCUGAUACAUUA